UCGUGUUCGCUCGCAACAUCCUUUCGUGAACCGUUCAUAUUUAAAGAACUAGUUCAUCAAAAUUGUAAUUGCAUGUGUACAGAACCAAAAAUGCAAGAGACGGAACUUUAUGUGCGAUAUACGCGCAAAACAUCACCUGAUCUGAUUGCGCCAAUCGCCUGACUGAGAUAUUCGAUAACUGGUCUUCGACAGCCUAGCUCUGUAACCAGUUCACAAACCCGAACAAUGUCCUGCAUUGUCCACAUCAUUGCUAUCGUUUUAAAAAUACGAUAUGAGUGUUCAAGUCAGAAACCCACGAAUUCUUUUGAGUCGUGAACACAAGUAUCUGAAACGAAUAAUAUUUUUAUAAUCCCGUGGAAACCUGGAUCAACAAAUAAGAUUUUAUUUAUUCAUUCACGUAAUGCCACCUAGCCGUUUAGACGCAGUUUACAGAAGCAUCCUCCUAACUAAAUUCUUUACCAAAGGCUGGGGUAGCCCUCAGAAUUUAAAGAGGAUCUUUGAAUUUAGAAAAGUUAUUGCUAAUAGAAAAACAUGUUACAGUCUUAUACCUACUAAUUAUCCAAUCAAUAUAACUAAGGAUGAAGAAUGGUCUGACUGUCAUAUAGUAGAAGGUUGUUUUGAAAGUCCUUUUCAUAAACAUCUUCCUGGAAUAAUGCCAAAUGAGACGGUCACAGCACAUUUUCAGUUGAUUCUACCACGUAAAUGGUACUCCCAUAAAAGGAAACCUGUUUGCUUACAUUUGGCUGGUACAGGAGACCAUUUUUUUUGGCGGAGAAGGAAUUUGAUUGCUAAACCACUACUCAAAGAAGCUGGAAUUGCGUCUUUGUUAUUGGAAAAUCCAUUUUAUGGAUUACGAAAACCACGGAAUCAAAUACGUUCUAGUUUACACAAUGUAUGUGACAUCUUCAUCAUGGGAGGAUGCUUGAUAAUGGAAUCAAUUGUUUUAUUAAAUUGGUGUGAACAACAAGGUUUUGGGCCAUUGGGGAUAACAGGAUUAUCAAUGGGUGGUCAUAUGGCUUCCUUGGCAGCAACAAAUUGGCCAAAACCAAUACCACUAGUUCCUUGCCUUUCUUGGUCAACAGCAUCACCAGUAUUUACUCAAGGAGUGAUGAGUGCCUCUAUUAACUGGACACUUUUAGAAAACCAAUAUUUUGCAAAUGAACUAUAUCAAAAUGAUCUUGCCAAGAUGGUAAGAAUCAUUGGGGAAGAGGAUGCAUUCCUAGCUGGUCAGCAUUUUGCUCAACAUUUUCCAGCAAGUAUGAACAGGGUUAAUGAAUUGAAGAAGGACUCCUUGACUGCUACACAAACUGUGAUCGAUAAUAAAUUACAUAACCCUUCUGAUUCUCGAACCGAAGACAAUAAUUUGAAAAAACAAUACGUGGAAGAGAAGGCAGCAGCUAAGAUGUUUCCCCUAAAUCUCCUUUCUAACAGAUUUAAGUUAAAAGAUUCAAAUGCGCUCAAAGGCGUUUGUUUAUUACCAGUUCCAAGGCAUCCAUUAUUUUCGGACUACAAGUGGCGUGAACGAGAGGCACUGCAAUUCAUGUGUGGUAUAAUGGAUGAAUGUACGCAUUUAAAAAAUUUCGAAGUACCUGUUGAUACUGAACUCAUUAUUGCUGUGUGCGCGAAGGAUGAUGCGUACGUGCCACGCGACGGUUGUAUGAGCUUGGAGAAAAUCUGGCCAGGUGCUGAAAUUCGAUACAUCGAUGCGGGACAUGUAUCUGCGUAUCUUCUUCACCAGAAAGUGUUUAGAUCCACUAUAGUAGAAGCAUUUGAACGAUGUAUGAAGAAAUAUCCAUCACACAUCAGUUGAUAUACGUGUAAUUUUAUGGAAAAAUUGAAAUUAUUGUUAAAUAAUGUAAAGCAAUUUAUA